ACACACCAGGACCUCAGCUAUCUGGGCUGUUUGUUCAGGACAAAAAAAAAAAUGGUUAGUGGUUGGCAAAAGAGAUGUCGGUGUUGUGGGAAUACACCUACGCAUUGAGUCGUUAACCUAGCUUUGGGUGGAAGCCGGUACCAGGAUGCGAACCCAGUACCUACCAGCCUUAAGUCCGAUGGCAGUUUUCUCUUAGUUAUUAGCGUUGUUUUAUUCAUCCAUUCAUUCAUUCAUUUAUAUUUGUGUUUAUUUAGUUAUUUUAUUUUUUUAUUAUUAUUAUUAUUAUUAUAAAAUUGGUUAUUAUUUUAUUUUUAUUUUAUUUUAUUUUUUUUUAUUUUUUUUAUUUGUGCCCAUAUCAUGAUAUAUUUCCUUACACUUUUAUAUACACCCGGUCGGAAGUACGUUUUUGUUUUUUGCAAGUUUCGUUUUGUCGGUGUUGACAUUUCAUUUGUGCGGUUAACCUGGAAAUUGACGUAGAUGAUAAUGAGAGUAAGUUUCUAGUGUCCAAUCUGUACCACACAGUAUGUGUUUGAAGUCUAACCAGGCUGCUGACCACCAUGUUACACGUGAAUAUCAAAUACAACAGCAACUGGGUGAACAAUGUGGACGUCGACCCCUCAGUGACGGUGAGGGAGUUGAAGCAGCGCAUCAGCAAUGACAUUCACCUCCCUGUAGACAGACUUGGUCUCAUUCUGGGUGGGCAGCUACUUCAAGACGAUGCAGUAUUACAGGACUGUGAUAUCGGACAACAGAGUGUUCUUCAUGCAUUCCACCACAAAGUAGAGACAGUUACCACAACCAUAUCAACCACAGCCACGCCGACGAGGAACCAAUACUUUGUGUACUGUAAGUUGUGCAAGGCGUUGCGUCCCGCCAAGCUGAGAGUGAAAUGUGCGCUGUGUAAGGAUGGGGCGUUCAUGGUCGAACGGGGUCCAGACAACUGGGAAGACGUCUUACAACACACGAGAAUUAAAGGAAGCUGUCAGAAUGUGGCAUGUUCGGGCGAUGUUGCGGGAGUGGUUGUAGACAGACUUGGUCUCAUUCUGGGUGGGCAGCUACUUCAAGACGAUGCAGUAUUACAGGACUGUGAUAUCGGACAACAGAGUGUUCUUCAUGCAUUCCACCACAAAGUAGAGACAGUUACCACAACCAUAUCAACCACAGCCACGCCGACGAGGAACCAAUACUUUGUGUACUGUAAGUUGUGCAAGGCGUUGCGUCCCGCCAAGCUGAGAGUGAAAUGUGCGCUGUGUAAGGAUGGGGCGUUCAUGGUCGAACGGGGUCCAGACAACUGGGAAGACGUCUUACAACACACGAGAAUUAAAGGAAGCUGUCAGAAUGUGGCAUGUUCGGGCGAUGUUGCGGAGUUUCACUUCAAGUGUGCUGAGUCUCACCCUGGCAAUGUGGACGAGACGGCCAUUGUCCUCCAGCACGUCUACCCCAACUGGUGCCAGGUCGAGUGUAUUUGUUGUGCUACUGUCAGGUCUCCGGUGCUGGUCUACCCGUGUGCUGAUAGUCACGUGACCUGUCUGGAGUGUUUCAGGCUGUACGGCAUCACGAAGCUGGACGAGCGUAGGUUUGAGAAACACGACAUCUACACAAUCCCGUGUCCAGCUGGCUGUCCAGACUCGUACAUCAAGGAGAGCCAUCAUUUCCGUCUGCUCGGUGAUGAUCAGUAUGACCGAUACAACCGGUUUGCCACAGAGGAGUAUGUUCUGCAAGAUGGCGGCGUGCUGUGCCCUGGACCAGGCUGUGGGAUGGGGUUAAUGCUUGAACCUGCUCAGAGGAAAGUAACAUGUGUUUCCAACAGCUGCCAGAUGACAUUUUGUCGAGACUGCCACCUGGAGUACCACAACGGACCGUGUCGGAUGAGAAGCAUGGCUCAAGCUGGGUCACAGAACUUCUCCAUCGACCGCGUUCAGGCAGAGAGGGCAAGGUGGGAGGUCCAGACACAAACUGUGAUCUGUGAGACGACCAAACCGUGUCCGCGCUGUCACACCAGGACGGAGAGAGAUGGUGGCUGUAUGCACAUGGCUUGUCCUCGCUGCAAUCUCGAGUGGUGUUGGAUGUGUCAGAAACCGUGGGAUAACGAUUGCGUAGCCGACCACUGGUUUGGAUAACUUGUAAACCAGAUAGAAGAGUUUUACAGUGACAAUUAUUCCUAAUGGGUUUUUUUAUAGAAUGCAGGGCUGCACAGAUUGUGUGAAGAAUUGUUUUGUUCGUUUAUGGGUUGCAUGGAAAAAUGCUUGCAGAACCUAUUUGCCAUUCAUGUAAAAUUAAUACUGUGAUAACUGAUAUCUUGCUCAUAAGGGUAAUUAAACAGCAGCAAGGAAAGCAGUUGAAUUGAUAUUUGUAAUUUUAUACAUUAAAAUAUUUUUUUUAAUAAAUUAAUGAUUUUAUUUUAUUAUUGGAAAUUUUACAUGAAUAAUUUAUGUAGUAUUUUUUAUUAUUUUAAAAAUGGGUUAGGCAAAGAAAAAUUUGCGUAACCCAUUAAUCGGAUGUGUAAGUGUCCAAUUUGUGCAGCCCUUGGAGCGUAUUUACUCAAAUUUCCAGUACGAUAAUUGUGAUAUGAAUGAGGUAGAUUAUCACAUUGAGUCUUUCAAAAGUAGACCAAUGCUCGAUAGAGUAUAAUAUACCACACGUAUUCAAGUAGUGUUGUAUUGUUUUUACAUUGGUUGACAUACAUAUUUUAUUAAACAAUGUGUUAAUAUUUAUUAAAUAAACUGUAUUGAACUGUUGAAUAUAUUUUAUGCAAGAAUAAUGGAUGCAAAAUGUUUGUAGUGCCGAUUGUUUUGUAGAAAAAUGUCAUGUGUUAUAGUUCUCUUCCAGAGCCUAUACUAAAAGUUUACAUUCUGCAGCUAAAUGCUUUCUAGAUCCGCUGCAUUAAUAUUAACACAGUAAAUUGCAUCAAAAAUCACUCCUGUAGAGAAAAAAAAGCAGAUUAAAAUCAUAAAUUUCCUGUAGAGAAAAAAUAGCAGAUUAAAAUCAUAAAUUUCCUGACAGACAGAAAGUGAAUCUGACUGGUGGUUAUUUUUAAAAGUGAUGGAUGUAUUUUUACCUGAAAAGUAUGUAAUAUUCAAAAUAUUUUGACAUAAAUUUAUACAAAAUGUUUACAUUAAAUUAAUUUUAUAUAUUAGUAUACCAAAUGAGUGUACAUGACUUUAUUGACGGUUUUAACUUUUCACACCAGCCUAAAGUUAAUUUGGGGCACAACAUAUAUUUGUAUUACUUUUUAGUGUUCUACAUUAUUAUCUUCUUAUGGCUAGAUAGAUAAUGCUGAAAUGUAUUGGUUUGUAUAUGACAUUAACUCCCCAGUUAUAACUUAGUAUACCAGUGCUGUUGAAAGAAGUUCACUGCACUAUAUCACGUGUCAGAUCAUAGAAACAUUGCCGAAACAUAAUGAGCCAAGAAUAUUUUCAACUUGAUAAUGUACAACUAUAUAAUUUAAAUGUUUUGGGAGUUUUUUUAAUUUUAUAUUCAUAUUUAAAUAAGCAUUUAUUAAUAUAGCUCAAUACCCAUACAUCUGGAAUAGGCUUUUAAUAAUUAUCAAAUGCAGUCGUGUCACUUAUGUUUUUUAAUGCCCAUGUGUGUAUUGUGUGCUUUAUAUUAUGGACAAUUUUGGAGUGUAUCCUUUUAGUACACAUGGUAAUAUAUAUAUAUAGAAUACUAAACGAGCUUGCCUGUCACACCAUUUUUAUGAAACUAGUGUAGCAGGUCUCAACAUCUGUUUACUUAUGCGAUGCAGCUUGUUUGCAGUUGGUUUGUAAUAAAUAAAAUAAUAAACGAGCUUGCCUGUCAUACCAUUUUUAUGAAUCUCGUGAACAGUGUUGGUAUCUGACAGUGUUGGUAUUAUUUUUGCUACAAAUUGGGUCAGCAAGUGAUCUACGUCACGUAAACAUAAACGAUGUCAUAGUGAGUAACGCUACGUCAUCAAUUACAGUUUAGAUUUUGGCGCAAAGCUUGCAUUAAAAUUCACAAUAAUGACUGGAUUGUAGAUCAGACCAGCAAAGAUUGAGCUGAGUGAAUGGGACUGACUAGACAUGUUAUACAUAGGGCCGUAAAAAAGUAGCAUGUCGACGACAUCGUUUUGGCUUUGUACACAGUGGGUCCAAAUAUAACAGCCUAUUUCAUUUCAAUUUCCAUUCAUGGCCGUAUUUUGUAAUGGUACACUUUUAAAUUACACGAUUUUGUACAAACAUGGUUAGAUACGUUAAUAGUCUCUGAACAAAAAUUACCCCACCAGUCUGCGCGUGCCAAUAUUACACUAGUUAGAUAUUGAGUAAUUGUUAUGACACGAGUAAUAUCUUACACUGGUGUGUAAUAAAAUCCAGUACACCCAACUUGUACCGAUACACUCAGUAGUUUCCAUAUUUCAUGUUCAUUGUCAGUGGGAAAUACCAAAGCCUUACAUUGAACUGGUUUUCUUACGCACUGUGCAAGAGAUAACCCGUUGUAGAUCAACUUCAUCUCUAAUAUAUGUUGGAGAUCAAUAUCGUCUCUAAUAUAUGUUGGAGAUCAAUAUUGUCUCUAAUAUAUGUUGUACAUGUAGAUCAACAUUGUCUCUAAUAUAUGUUGUACAUGUAGAUCAACAUCGUCUCCAAUAUAUGUUGGAGAUCAAUAUUGUCUCCAAUAUAUGUUGGAGAUCAACAUCGUCUCUAAUAUAUGUUGGAGAUCAACAUCGUCUCUAAUAUAUGUUGUACAUGUAGAUCAACAUCAUCUCUAAUAUAUGUUGGAGAUCAAUAUCGUCUCUAAUAUAUGUUGUACAUGUAGAUCAACAUCGUCUCCAAUAUAUGUUGGAGAUCAAUAUCGUCUCUAAUAUAUGUUGGAGAUCAACAUCGUCUCUAAUAUAUGUUGGAGAUCAACAUCGUCUCUAAUAUAUAUAUGUUGUACAUGUAGAUCAACAUUGUCUCUAAUAUAUGUUGUACAUGUAGAUCAACAUCGUCUCCAAUAUAUGUUGGAGAUCAAUAUCGUCUCCAAUAUAUGUUGGAGAUCAACAUCGUCUCUAAUAUAUGUUGGAGAUCAACAUCGUCUCUAAUAUAUGUUGUACAUGUAGAUCAACAUCAUCUCUAAUAUAUGUUGGAGAUCAAUAUCGUCUCUAAUAUAUGUUGUACAUGUAGAUCAACAUCGUCUCCAAUAUAUGUUGGAGAUCAAUAUCGUCUCUAAUAUAUGUUGGAGAUCAACAUCGUCUCUAAUAUAUGUUGGAGAUCAACAUCGUCUCUAAUAUAUGUUGUACAUGUAGAUCAACAUUGUCUCUAAUAUACGUUGGAGAUCAAUAUCGUCUCUAAUAUAUGUUGGAGAUCAAUAUCGUCUCCAAUAUAUGUUGGAGAUAACUUUUGAGACUUGUGACUGGCUGCUCCGUGGUGAUGACCUGGUCACUAGAGCCAUAUCAUCCAAUCAAAUGAGGACGACCAAAAUGGAUUGUUCUGUGACUGUAAGUUAGCGUAACCUGAAACUGAUUACUGUGUGACGUGGAAGUUAACUGCUGUAUGAGUGCAGUAAAUGAGUUAGAUAUUUAAAGUUAUUUUAACUUGGUUUUUGAGAAUAUGUAAUCAAUAGAAUACUACAUUCAUGUCCAUUAGAUAGUUUAUCUUACAACUCGUUUAAGAAUGUAUCCAACUCGCUAUUUCUUAUUUAAUACAUAUUUUAAAAAACUCGUGUAGUAUUUUCUAUUUUCCAUGUCCGAAGAUGUGAUAAAAGGAAGGGUCUGGCAUUGUUCAGUAAAAAAAAAGCUGUAAUAGACAUAUAUUUCAUGUUUUAAAUAAACUUUGUAACAUGCAUUUUCUUUAUUUUGUUUGACAUCUUCUAUAAAAUCGGUUGACGGCACUGUAAAUAAUAUGGUAUCAUGAUGUAGGUAACCCACAUCGGGAUACCAAAAUUCUCACCUUUACUAUCUAAAUACAGCCAGAUUUCAUGUAAAGUCUUACUAAACAAUGUCGAACAUUAAGCCAUAUCAUCUGGUUAAUUAGCAUGUUGAUCAUUGCCACUAUAUUUGAUCUUGAACAGACAGUUAAAUGUGUAUGUUUAAGUGCUGUGAAUGUGUCGGUGCUUGCUUUGUAGGUUUACAGAGUAUUAAAUUAGUGACAGAAAUGUUUUCUCCACAAUGAUAUACAAUGGUUUGUAGAUUACGUACGUAUUAUUUACACAGCAGAAAUAAAAAUCUAGAUGUGACAGACGUUUUGUUUGUUUCAUCUCAGUCCUUCUGUCCGUCUCGCGUAUUGUUUUUCCGAUAUUUCUUUCACAAUGCUUCUAGAUAUUGAGUUGAAAUUUUGUGUAUAGCUUUAUCAUGUACUGAAUCAAUGUGCUCUAGUGGUGUCAUUAAACAAAACAAACUUC